AUGACGGAUGCUGGAGUACGAGCCCGUCAAACUUCGAGUGUGAAUCCUUCGCGUGUGGCCAGCAGCAGGCUGGGUAAAUACGCAUGUCGGGAAUGCCGACGACGCAAGUCGAAAUGUGACCGCCGACUUCCCAAUUGCUCUUUGUGCAUUAAAUUUGGUCGAAGGUGUACCUACGAACUACUAGCCAAAACACCAUUGACCAGGCAACACUUAACCCAAGUAGAGGAGGAGCUGGCUCGCACAAAGGCCCUGCUCUCCAAACAUUUGCCGCGGUCAACUCCCGAUAAUCAUGGGGUUGACCAAUCCCGCUACCAGAGCCCUACCGUGACGAGCGAUCACCAACUACCUCCAGUUGUCCCUGACGGAGAAUCUUCAUUCCAACAUGACGGAGUUCAAACUGCACAUGAUAAUAUGGGAACCACGAACGGACCUCCUUCCAUCAUCAGCAACCAGACCUUGUUAAAUGCUUCAACGGGAUCUCCCUCCAGGAGCGGGCAGCCUUUCCCUUCCCAUGACAGCAGGGCGUCGUCGGCCUCCCACCGACCAAAUUCUUGGGCCCAGGAGACUAUACACAGGCGAGAGACUGUGGUGGCUUCGUUGGAAACACCACCGUCAAUUACGGGGUUUGAAUGGGAUGAAAGGUUAGAAGACCAAGGCGAGGAUGAUUUCGUCGACGGGAUGGCUAUCCUACCAAGCAGGGUCAAUGGUGGAGGAUAUUUGGGGACCGCAUCCGGUGCUGCGCUCAUCCGUUUGACGGAAAGUCAAGACUCUGAGUGGCCUGACAUGUCCGCGUCCGAUCAACGAUGCGAAACAGCAUACUCUCAUCAGCGGACGCGUGUAGCCUUCUCUUUAACCUCGCUGUCCCAGCUGGAACCUUUCAUCGAUGCAUACUUCUCCCUCUACCAUUGCUCGUAUCCAAUCAUUCACGAAGCAACAUUCCGCGCUCAGUUCAUGGAAGUGAUCCCACGACCGGCAAAGACUGCCUGGCAAGUAUUAUUAUAUGUGGUAGCCGCCUUAGGUGCAUUUACAGCUGCUGUGACUCCAACUGAUGUUGACUUCGCUUUAUUCAAAGCUGCCAAGGCUCGGCUGACGAUAGAUGUCUUGGAAACUGGCAACUUGACUCUGGUGCAAGCAUUGACCCUAGGCUCAAAUUAUCUGCAAAAGCGGAAUAAGCCAAACUCUGGGUAUAACUAUCUCGGCCUCGCCAGAAGAAUGGCCAUUGGAAUUGGCCUGCACAAAGAGUUUCCUGCAUCAAAGCUUUCCCUUCUUGCGCUGGAGAUGAGAAGAAGGGUGUGGUAUUGUCUGUAUAUCUUUGAUGUGGGGGCAGUGAUUACUUUAUCCCGGCCUCUUGAUUUACCGGAGCAGGGAAUUGAGACUCAUCUGCCGCUGAAUAUCCACGAGAGUAGCAUCACCCCUGGCACACAGGUUGUUCCAUCUCCGGUACCGGAAACAACAGUCUACACGCACCUGAGGGCCCAAGCGACAUUUCAUCUAAAGACAAACAUCAUCUAUUCUAAAAUCAUUUCGACUCCCCUUCCAUCCGCGUCAGAGAUCAUUGAGUUAGACAACCUCGUCAUUGGAGAAUGGUUGCACUCCCUUCCGCCCUGCUUCAAUGAGGAUGCCGUCCAAUCGACCAGAUUCACCCUCUGCCACGCGAUCUUGAAAUGGCGGUACCGCAAUCUUCGUAUAUUGAUGUAUCGGCCGUUCUUGGUGGGGCGAUUGAUGCUAGGUUCUGAGAUUGGUCUGAGCGGUACAGGCGAUAAAGACGAACCUCACGUUGAACUUGCUAUUCAAAGGUGCCUCGAUGCUGCCAAAGAAUCGGUCGAACUAAUCUCAUCAUUUUGGGGUCAAGAUCAGAAAACAACAAUGGCCUGUUGGUAUGGUCUAUACUUCUUAUUCCAAGCGAUCUUGAUCCCUGUGAUUUGCUUGCGCAACAGCCCUUCCGUUCCGGCUGCCGAUGACUGGCGGGCACAGAUCUUUCUAGCGAUUCAGACGCUCGAGUCGAUGACGCCAUCGAACGCUAAUUCACAUCGUUUCUUGAGGACCAUACAUUCUUUAUGCAGUUUCUAUCUCCACCCCGGAUGGACGGUUGGCAGGGUCCGAUCCAAGAAUCACCGGAGACUCAGAUCACAAACCUCUAUCCACUUAUGUGGCCUACCCUUGAAAUGGCACACAUUGACGGAGUGGAUCCCGCGCUGUAUGUUCCCUUACGUCUGA